AUGGAAGAGAAAGCCGUGGAACAGCUUGUAGUCGAGAAUGCCCCGUCUCCGGGCAAGGCAGAGGCUGCUGGUGCACCAGCCGUUCGCUAUGAUGAGGCUGAAACCAAACGCAUUCUCCGCCGCAUCGACAUGCGCCUGAUUCCAGUCUUGUCGGCCAUGUAUCUCAUGUCAUUUCUGGAUCGUGGAAACUUGGGCAAUGCGAACGUGGCUGGCAUGUCGGCUGAUCUCCACCUCACCGGAAACCAGUACAACAUCGCGGCAACCAUGUUCUUCAUACCUUAUGCGCUGUUCGAGGUCCCCAGCAAUCUCAUGUUGAAGCUCUUGCGCCCACGGAUCUGGAUACCUUUGAUCAUGCUUGCGUGGGGCACGGUCAUGACACUCAUGGGCCUCGUGCAGGACUAUAAGGGCCUGGUUGUGGCACGCGUAUUCCUGGGAGUUUGUGAAGCAGGAUUUUUCCCUGCGGCGACAUACGUCCUGACCUGUUGGUACCCUCGCCAUGAGGUGCAACUGCGCAUCGGAUACUUCUACGGAGCUGGAGCAUUGUCGGGCGCAUUUUCCGGUCUUCUUGCUUACGCCAUUGAGAAAAUGGACGGCGUCGCCAACUUUGCUGGUUGGAGAUGGAUUUUCAUCCUUGAGGGUCUUUUAACCGUCCUCUUUGCCGUGUUAGGCCCCUUCAUUUUGGUGGAUGAUCCUUCCACGGCCAAAUUCCUCUCUCGCGAUGAGGCGGAUUGGCUCAUGUACACCAUUCAAGUCGAGAAUGGCCGCGGGGGGACCGAAUCACAAAGCGCCGAACGCUUCAAGUGGAAAUACUUCUGGGCCGCUGUGCAGGACUGGAAGGUGUGGGUUUCAAUCCUUGUUUACUGGGGCAACGCUAUUCCAAUCUACGGGUUCAUCUAUACCCUUCCUGUGGUCAUCAAAGGCUUGGGCUACUCUGCUGCCAAUGCACAACUCCUCACCAUUCCGGUCUACGUGGUCGCAUUGACAGGAACGGUCACUGCGGCAUACUUUUCCGACAAGUACCGAACCAGAUCACCGUUCAUUAUUGGCCCUCAGAUCUUCGGCGCGUUAGGUUUCGUCAUCAUCAUGACAAUUCCCAAGGAGAAAUACCCAGGAGCCGUGUAUGGUUGUUUGUUCAUCAUCUCACUCGGGCUGUACACCACGAUUACGGGAGUUGUCUCCUGGACUGGGAACAAUCUGGCAGGCCCGUCGAAACGUGCUGUCGGUAUGGCUCUGCAAAUCAGCGUGGGAAAUCUCGGUGGCGCAGUCGGUACAAACAUCUAUCUCGAAAAGCAGAAACCCAACUAUUGGCUCGGAUUUGGGCUGUCAAUGGGUGUCCUGUUAGGGGCGGCAACAGCGGCCUUCUUUCUGCGCGUUGCACUUCAGCGGAUCAAUGCGCAAAGAGAUGCGAUGGAUGUCGAUGAGAUUCACGAAAAAUAUACCGAGGAAGAAUUGUGGGAGAUGGGUGAUGCAUCCCCUCUCUUCAGGUAUACGCUGUAG